GUAUGCGGACAAGAAGAUGCAGCUGCUAUCAUCAUAUAUCACACGAAGAAGAAACCCCACACAUCCACAGGCCAGCCACAGCUAGUUAGCCGAAAACAUAAACACCGGUCCAUCCUUAGCAAGAUCGGACUGUUUUAGCGCUUUACCCGGUGAUUUCUUUGCUGCAAUCCAUUGGAGAAUAACUACACAAUGCGGUAGCUUAGCUAAAUGUCUUAUGGGCAGCCAUGUUUGUUUGGAUCUCGGAAUAACCAAGGCCUGGAAGUUGUCCUGCUAACCGAUGCCCAUGAUUCAGCUGGACAAACCGGUGCUGCCUGGUACCAUGCCGGUGGUAUGGCCCACCAUCCUCGACCUGGGCAGGGAUGAGUGCAAAAGAAUUCUCCGUAAACUGGAGCUGGAGGCUUACGCUGGGGUAAUUAGUGCCUUACGAGCCCAAGGAGACCUGACGAAGGACAAGAAGGAUCUUCUGGGGGAACUCACUAAAAUUCUCGGUAUCUCCACAGAGCGGCAUCGUGCAGAAGUCCGCAGGGCUGUCAAUGAUGAACGCCUCACCACCAUCGCAUAUCACAUGUCAGGUCCUAACAGCUCGUCUGAAUGGUCCAUUGAAGGACGUCGGCUUGUUCCCUUAAUGCCAAGGCUGGUCCCUCAGACAGCCUUUACUGUGACUGCUAAUGCUGUGGCCAGUGCUACAGCCAAUCAGAACGCCUCCCUUCUGUUGCCAGCUGAAACCGGAAACAAAGAAGUGGUAGUAUGUUACUCCUACACCAGCACCACCUGCACCUCCACCAGUGCUGCAGCGACCAGCGGCACCAUAGGAGCGACUGUGAAAUCACCACGACCACCCAGCCCUUCAUCCAACGUGGUGGUGCUGCCCAGCGGGAGCACUGUUUAUGUGAAAAGUGUCAGCUGCUCUGAUGAGGACGAGAAGCCUCGCAAACGGAGGCGGACCAACUCGUCCAGCUCGUCACCAGUGAUGCUGAAGGAGGUCACCAAGGUGUCCCCGCAGGUAUCCAAGAACAUCACGGUGCCGGUGAGCGGUAGCCCCAAGAUGAGCAACAUCAUGCAGAGCAUCGCCAACUCGCUGCCGCCCCAUCUGUCCCCCGUUAAAAUCACCUUCACCAAGCCCACCAUCCAGACCACCAACACCACCACACAGAAGGUGAUCAUCGUGACGACUUCUCCCAGCUCCAACUUUGUGCCCAACAUCCUGUCCAAGUCUCACGCUCACAACAGUGCCGCCAUGUCCAAGCUGGGCUCCACCUCCAUACUGACCACGCCCACCCAGAAACAGACGGUGGUCUUCCCAGCCAGUACAAGCCCCUCCAACGCCAACACCAUCGCAGUCACCACAGUGGUCUCAUCUACCCCCUCAGUGGUCAUGUCAACUGCCGCAACAUGUGCUGUGUCAGCUGGAGUCAAGGUGGCCUCAGCCAGACUUCCUUCGCCUAAGACUCUGGUGGGGUCACCUGCUCAGAUCCUGGCCCAGUUCCCCAAACAGCACUCACCCAAACAGCUGCAGCAGAGCUCACCUUUAGGAGCUUCAAGUGUCAGCCAGACCCAGACCACCGGCAGCUCACCUGGCUCAAAGCCCACCAUCCAGAUCAAACAAGAGUCUGGGGUGAAGAUAAUCACUCAGCAGGUUCAGCCCAGUAAAAUCUUGCCCAAGCCUUCAUCAGUUGCUUUGUCCAGCAGCAGCUCAUCCCCCAUCAUGGUUGUCAGUAGCAACGGGGCCAUCAUGACCACCAAACUGGUCACUCAGCCCACAGGUACCCAGGCCACCUAUACAAGACCUACUGUGAGCCCCGGCAUUGGCGCCAGAAUAUCAGCCUCCAGUGGCGGGACCACCUACGUCAAGACCACCAGCGGCAGCAUCAUCACGGUGGUGCCCAAGUCUCUGGCCACUCUGGGUGGGAAGAUCAUCAGCAGUAACAUCGUCUCUGGUACAACAACAAAGAUCACCACCAUCCCCAUGACCUCCAAACCAAAUGUCAUCGUGGUUCAGAAAACCACAGGAAAAGGAGCCACCAUUCAAGGACUUCCUGGCAAGAAUGUGGUGACCACACUUUUAAAUGCUGGGGGUGAGAAGGGUCUGCAAACUGUUCAGGGGACCAAACCGGCGAUCAUAACGGCUUCCAGACCCAUCACUAAGAUGAUCGUCACCCAGCCCAAAGGCAUGAGCUCUGCGUCCCAGUCCACCGCCACCAAGAUCAUCCCAACCAAGAUCGUCUACGGCCAGCAGGGAAAGACGCAGGUUCUCAUCAAGCCGAAGCCUGUCUUGCAGGCGGCCGUGGUGAGCGAGCAGACCAGGCAGCUGGUCACCGAGACUCUGCAGCAGGUGACCCGCACAGCAGACGUCGGUCAGGGUCAGACCUCAGCCCAGGACGGAUCCACAAAGGAUGAGUCGGGCAGCGUGGGCGGCGAGGUGUCCCAUGGCAGCGCUCAGGAAGCUCAGCCUGUAGUGCAUGUGGUGUCCUCCAGAGAGCAGGAUUGGACAGAACAGGAAGUGUCUGUGGAAUCUAGUCCGACUAUUAUCUACCAGGAGGUGUCCAGCGGAGAAUCCCAGUCUGCCACCUCCACCAUUAAAGCACUGCUAGAGCUGCAACAGACGACAGUGAAGGACAAGGGAGAGUCCAAACCCAGACAGCACACUAUCGACCUCAGCCAGAUGGCCGUGCCCAUCCAGCUGGCCCAGGAGAAGAAGUCCAGCCCAGAGUCCCCCAAACCCUCCACCUCAGAGGCUGAGCCCAGCGCUGAGUACAUCACAGCAGGUAAAGUCAGCAGAGUGGGCGUGUCCUCGGAGGACGAUGACGUCGUCAUGUCCUCCAGUCAGCAGCUGGGGAAGCCUUACAAAAGCAGCAGCAGCCAGGUCGCUGUGGUAACCAAACCGGUUGCUGCCUGCUCUACAGUUUCGCACGCCAGCCACAUGCCCUCUGACAGCCAUGUUAAAACUGAGACCGUGUUAGAGGUGAGCGAGAUGGAAGGCGACACGUUGGACCCCCAGACGGGCUUGUUUUACCGCUCCAGCCAACCAGCUACAGAUCCCGUUAAGCAAACCUCCCACUCUGGAGGGGCUCAGCCGACUCCACCGAGCCAGGCGGAGGCUGAGCAGAGCCAGCAGAGCUCCGCCUCCAUCCAGCCGCCGCCGCCGCCGCAACUGCAGAGUAAACCUCAGAUCAGCCAGCCUUCAUCUUCCUCCACUGCCUUCCCCUCGACUCCUCCUCUGACAAAGAAACUCCCAAAGCUACGAGAACAGAAUCAGCCCAAACCCCAGACCUUAACCCAGAGUCCCAAAGACAGACCCCUAACUGCACCAGCCCCAGCCGUGGCAAAGGCCACCAGCCCCGGCACACCGACCAAACCGUUGUUGACGCCACAGCUCCCGAAGCUCCAGCAAGCACCCACGUCCCACCACAGGCCUCUGCACACACCCAUGUCCCACCCUCCUCCACUGCAGGCGCACCACCCUGUCGGCACCGAAAAGACCGCCUCCAGCCAGCAGCCAAUCAUCACACAGAGCGCCACCGUGACCAAGAUCACCUUUGGAAGCUCCCACCAUUCAUCGCCCGUCUUCAGCAGCGGCGAGGCCACCGCCAAACUGAUCCCCGAGUCCAGCUCCGGGUCCUCGGGAGACAAGUCCUCGGUGUCAGAUAUCCUGAAGAUCUCCAUGAUGGAGGCGGAGAUAGAUCCGAGCACUGAGCCCAUGGUGGUGGACUCCUCCAGCGACUGCGGCCCUCUGGGGAAGGCCCUGGAGGUCCAGGCCGUGUCAGGCACACUGGACUCGGGCCAGUUCAUCAGCAGCUCUGGGGCCUCCAUGCAUCAUUCCCACGCAAAGUCCCAGCAGUUCAGCUGCAUGCAGGGCCUCGCAGCACAGAGGAGCAAAGAAGACCUGGAGGUCAUUGAGGUGAUUCCUCAGUACUCCAUCCUGCCGGACUCCAGCCAGUCCAACGUGGUGGUGGAGCCCAGCGGCUUCCUGGAGAUCACCAACUACACCAGCCAACAGCUGGAGGAGGACAGCCCCAUGGAGCAGGAGGUGGACAGCAGCAACGACGAGGCCGCGGCAGCCAGUCCGCCUGACCAACCAUAGCCGCUCCACGCUGAAGGAGCCGAGCUGCUUUGGCUCUGAACAAGCAGACUAAUGAUUAUUUGUGGCCUCAGACCCAGUGGACGCAGACUUUCUGGCUGUUUUAUAGUGCAAGAGCAAAAAUGCUUUCUGUUUUUGCAUAAAUAUUUGUUCAUAAUAAGCAUUUUUUGUUCAUUCAUAAGUAUUUUUUCCUCCCCACAACUAGAGGCACAUGUGGUUUUUAUUGCCAGUGAGGAGCAUUGGGUGUAAAAUGAGGGAGCGAGGUGAACGGAUUAGUCGUGGUGCAGGCCCAGACGCUUGGAAAGCUGCCUCUCCAAACACACAGGAUUUCAUUGUUCCAGUAUGUUGACAGUUUUUUCUUGCAGGACUUUGCAAGAGAGUUGCACAUUCAUGAAAUUGAUUAUUUGGAUUUUUUGGCACUGUGCCUGCUGCCACUGUGUUGUUUCAGAAACGUACAGCCAGAUCAGACCACCGCAGGCCUGCAUUUAUUAUAUUUUGGUCGUCCAGAUCCAGAUUCAAGUCCUCGUUCCCCAGGUCAGAUCUUUGUACAGAAUUACCCCCCUGUUGAUGGACAUCUUCUUUUGAUGACCUGAGGGUUUUACCACCAGACGAACAGUAUUUUCUUUUGACUGAAGUGUAUCUUUGUAAAUCUCCAUCACCAGUCCCAUACGGAUUUAAGUUUUCAGGUGAGAAAACAAAGCUGGAGCAGAUUGAAUUGCUGCUUGGAACGUAAAGCAGAACCAGAAAAGAGUCCUGGCGGAAGGAUAGAGUCCAACAUAUGUGUCCCUGUUCAUUGUAACUGAUGUACUGUAACAAAAAAAAAAGAAAGAAAAAAGAUUUAGCUUUUUUUGUAAAAUAUAUUCUGGAGUUCAAAAAGUUGCUGUGAGAAUUUUCCCAGAGAAUGCAUUUGUUUUUUUGCAUAGUGUGUUUUGAACUAUGCAUUUCUUUUAUACCUUUUCAAACUAGAUGACUAGUUGAGAAAAAUCAUUUAAUCUGCACAAUAAAUCAGCUGAGUAGAACGUG